AUGCUAUCGUCCAGCACAUCGUCAAAGCCCAUAACCUGUAAGGUCAACUCUUGGAGGGAGCAUGGAAUCUCUGGCAACAACCAUUCGUUUCGUCGACUGUCGAUUGAACUCCAACAAACAGCCCUGUCUGGGCUUCUACGACAUCUGUUUGCUGCGCUGCAGGAAAUACGCAUCAGAGAUCGACUCGUCAUCAAUGUCGGAGAUUACACCAUCUACUGUGCCGAUGCUGAUGAAAAUAAGGUAGGAGGCUGCACAGUAGCUGUGAGGAACGACUACAAGAACCUAGUGGAGCUCAACGUCAAAAUGCACCUUUGUACGAGUGCGGAAUCACAGAGGAUGCAAACUCUGGAUUGCAAGUGCUCACUCACCUGCGAAUACCGUUGA